AUGGUAGUGACCGAGGAUAGCAGUGCUGAAAUGAGUAAAGUGAACGAACAGCACAUGAAAGGCUUCUACGGUCGCCCGUGGAGUGCGGAUCAGCGGAAAGAUUUGUUCAGUCGAAUGUGUCAUCUGGGUAUGAAUACAUAUUUGUAUGCACCGAAAGACGAUUUGAAGCAUCGAGCUGAAUGGCGAUUACUGUACACAUCUGAGGAAAUGGAUCUGCUUCAUUCGCUGAUUGUGUCUGCGAAACAGCAACGUAUCACGUUCGUCUACUCUUUGUCACCUGGCAUUGAUAUCGUUUACUCUAGUGAGAAAGACGUCAAGUCAAUUCAAGAAAAACUUGAUCAGGUACGGAUGUUAGGCUGUGAUGCGUUUGCAUUAUUAUUUGAUGAUAUUGAAGCGGCAAUGAAUGAGCAGGAUAAAAAGAAAUUUUCCUGUUUCGUUUCGGCUCAGUUAAUGCUCGCGAACAAUGUGUAUGAGCACCUGAAAUGUGCACAGUUUUAUUUUUGCCCUACAGAAUAUUGUGAAUCACGUGCAACACCAACGUUAGAAGAGUCCGAUUAUCUUUUAUUGCUUGGCAAGAAGUUACUUCCGAAUAUUCACAUUAUGUGGACUGGUCCGCGAGUGGUAUCACGUUAUAUAACCGUUGAACAUGUACGUCGAGUAGCACAAGUGCUGAAACGAAAACCUUUAAUCUGGGAUAAUCUUCAUGCAAAUGAUUACGAUCCGAAGAGGGUCUUUCUGGGUCCGUUUGCUGGACGAUCGGUGAAACUAAAAGACGAAGUAUCUGGAAUAUUGUUGAAUCCAAAUUGUCGUUAUGAGGCAAAUUUUUUACCGUUUCAUACGAUGGCAGAAUGGAACAGUUGUCAUGCUGAUGCGGAUCUCGAAGAGGAAUCAGAUGCAGUAUUAGAAGCUGGUGAUGUGGUUCCCGUAGCGAGACAUAUAAUUGAGAGCGCAUCACCAAGACGUCUGUAUCACCCGUUGAAAGCGCUUCAUGAAGCACUUCGAAAAUGGAUGGAUCACUUUUUUGAAGUGGUUAAUCCGUGUGCCUCAUUCUCGGUAAAUGACAUGGAGUCAUCACAAAUCAAUCUAACUGCCACAAAACCGACCACAACUGAGAUAUGUGAGUCAGUAUCAUUUUCAUCGUCAUCUGAGUCGUCGUGCCCAGCAACGAAUAAAUCCUCAAUACGGAAUAAGAGUAAUGCAGUCAACGACUCAUCGCUAAUCGAUGACGUACAACACUCUGCCUGCACAUCCUCUUCUAUCGUUGAUUCUGAUUACACGCUAAUUCAGUCAUCUUCAUCAGAAACUGUGCAAAACAACUCGUUAGCGACUGAGUAUUGCGAACCAAUGGAACUCGCAUCAAUAGUCAAGGAAGAAUCAAAAGGUUCUGUCGAAAUGACAGAUGUAAAUAAGUCGACAACUCAAGAAAUAUCUUCAGAUGUUAGUAUGGAAAGUAGUGUUCUGUCGGAGAACGAACCAAGUUCUUCAUCCAUCGACAUCGAGCAAGUUGCAACUUUAGUGGAUAUGUUCUAUUUGCCUUUCGAACAUGGAAGACGUGGCAUGGAAAUGUUACAAGAAUUUUCAUGGUUACAUGAAAAUUCAUUUGUCGUUAGAAAAAGGAGAGAAGACGAUGCUUAUGAUAACAAACAUGAUGAGAAACUGCAAGAAAUAGUUAGCAGUGAAUGGAGACGGCGAAGUGAACAGUUUAUCAAGAAUUUGCAUGUCCUGGAAGGAUUGGUGUUAUGGAUGGCUGAAGGUGAAUUAAAUAUAUCACCCACUGUGAUGUGUGAAUCAUUGCAGAAAGAAUUAUAUAGUUUUUGUCGUUCGAGUGAAGAAAAUUUUAGUAUGGAAAGUAGUCAGUUGAAUCAGAGGAAAGGAGAACGUCUCUUCGAUGGGACAGUUGGUGCAUUUGUGAAGCUUGCAAUACCUCGUACUUCAUUUGUUGCGAUUGAAAAUGAUAAUGACGAUGCAUGUUCGAAACCGAUUACUGCUAUUGUAUGUGCUGCUUUAGAUGCUAAGAAUUUUGCCGAAAAGGUUCGGAAAGAAUACAUUCCGCAAAUGCGUGAAAAAUAUCAAACGUAUAUAGAGUUGGAAAAGGAAAGCGGCUCAGCUGCAGAAACUACUGAAGAAAAGUGGCAGUUACAGCGCGAAGAAAUCGGCAGAUGGGAGCCGCCAAAUAUAUCUGAUUAUUUCUACAAUCAUUUUCCUAGUCAGAUAGAUAUCAGAUAUCGAGAUAUGAAUCAAGAUGCUGUGGCAAUACGCAGGCUUAUCUAUAUCACUGCUGUGGCGUUGUCUUUCAACGGUAUUUCAUUUUAUUAUUUCAGUAAUUGUUAA